AUGAAAGGAACAUCCUCCAUGGUGAGCUCUUGCAUCUUUUGGUGUCUUCUUCUGAAGAUCUUACUAAAGCAUGAUGGGAGCUAUGCAAAGAAAACAAUGUUAAUAAGUGGUGACAUGAACUUAUCACCAAAUGAACAUCACAAUGUAAGGACAAAGAACGACAGGAGCGCAUAUACCAGAGGUAGUUAUUUUAACAUAGGGAAACUAUGGAUGAAGGGUCAGAAAGAAAAGCGAAGGAAAUAUCGAGGAGGAUGGAUAUAUCCAUAUAAUUACCUGAACAGCAAUAAUUAUUUUGUCCCAGAUGUUAAAGGAUAUGUUAGAGAGACGUGUAAAAAAUGGAAAUCUGAGGGAGGAAAAAAAGAAAGAAGCAAUAUAUUAUAUGCUGAGAAUUACAAAAUAAAUCUUACAGACAAACCAAUCAUAGAAGAUGUGCCAAGAAAUGUGAAAGGGAGAAUAAACGAAUGGAUAACUGAAUUUGAUGAAAAUAAUAAAUUAGGAUUUUUUCCUAUUUUGCUGGAAGAGAUGUCCAAUGAGCCAUCUCCACUACAAGUAGGAUUUGAAGAUUAUAUGCAAUUUAAUGGAGAAAAUGUUGAAAAUAUUUUUAAAAGUAUGACAAGAGAAAUAAAUAUAAAUGGAGAAAAAAGAAAAAUUUUUGGAAUGUGUUUUUUUAAUCAUAAAACAGGUGUAUUGGCACCAUUAGCUGUUUAUGCAGAAAUAAAAGAUGUAACUAAGGUUGGAAAUAAUCUAGCUGUUAAGGGAAUAGUAAGAGGUCGAGUUAUAAUUGAUGAAAUUAUUAAUCAGGAACCAUGUAUUUUAGGGAAAAUAUCGCCAAUAGAAGAUAAAAAAGGAUUAUCAGAUGCUGAAGACAGUUUAAAAAUGGUGGAUGAAAUUAUUCGAAUUCAUUCGCAAUGUUCUACUAUGGAAUCACAAUUAAUGGAACAAUUGGACCAGUCAUUUGCUUCUAUGAAUAUCAAAUUAAGAAAUGAUUUAAAAGAAUCAAUAGAUGCAAAAUUAGAAAAGUUUCAAGUAGAUCCUUCAGAUCCUGAACAGAGACAAGCUUUUAUUCAAAUCGUAGCUUUUGCUGCAUUCGACUUUCAUCUUAUGAUUGUUGAUAGAUAUGAUGCAUUGAUGUUGCAAAACUCUGAAGAUAGAUUGAGAUUUGUUAGAGAUAAAAUUAGACAAAAACAAAAACAACUAUCCAUUAUUAAAAACACGCCUAAGGAAAAAUUACAGGAAAUAUUAGAACAAGUUCAAACACUGAAAAACCAAAAUAUGCCAGCCUCUAACUAUCCGACACCCCCAAGAUGA